AAUUUUCACAGAGAUAAGGAUUUGGCUCAUGAGUUUCAGUGAAACAGAAAAAUCUGUUCUUAGCCUGAUUUUUGAUGGAGGAAGUUACGAAGUUGAGAGUGGUAGGAUUAAGAAUUUCAAAGGUUCAAUGAACAAGAAGAUUGUGCACUUGGUUGAUAUUGAUAUCUGCAACGCCAAGAGCAUUCUUCGAUGGGAAAAACCGACUCCUGGGCCUCAUGCCGUUCUUCUUGCAUUUACUUUACACGAUGACAAAUUCACGGACCAAACCAAAGAGAUUCUUGAAAAUUUGGAGUUUCUUGGAGAGAAAUUCUGGAAUCAUGUCGUCGUAGUAUGUUGUAGCUCAGAUGCAGUUGUAGCUCAGAGAAGCAUAUUGGAGUGGCUUCUUGAAAAAUGUGGACACAAAUGCUACAUUUGUGGCUCUGCACCAGAAACUACAGAGAGGAGGGAGCUUUCAGACAGGAUACAGAUGAUGAUCAGGAGUAAUAAUUCAAUGCAUCUGGUAUUACCAGACAUUUCAGAUGGAGAUUCUCAAUCCCCUUCAGGCAUUUUAAGGAGGCUAGAUCUGAAAGAUUAUUUGUUCACUCCCGAGGUCAUCAUUCAAGAGGGGCAAAGGAAAUACAGGUUACAGUGCAGCCAUGCAGGCUGGUUCCAUUGUGAGUUUACACAGAUUGGUUUUAACAUGGAGGGGGAAGGAGAGGUGCUGUACAGCACCGUUCUUCAGGACAACGACUGUCCAGUCCCUGCCAACUAUUCCCAAGCAGGACCUGUGUAUGAUAUCAAAUGUGUUCAGGGUGAGCUGUCUCAACUCAGACUACCUCACUGUGAGACCUCCAUUGAGGAUGCCUGCCACUUCAUGUCAGUUAUACAUAAUUCUAAUAAGAUUGUUGAUAUUCUGAAGCCUCAAAAUAGCACAAGCACACAUGUCACAGUGAGCAUCAAAGGAACAUCCAAGUUUUUUAUUUCCAAAAAGGAAAACUGGUUUACGGGUCAUUGGACUAAGAUGCUCGGCCAAGUGAUGCUAUUCUACCUACAGCCAGCACAUAGGCUGCAUGUGUUUCUACAACCCCGCAGUGUGGACCCCAGAGAAGUGGAAAAAAGUCAUAAAGAUUACACAUUAAUCCAAACAGUUUGUGAAUGCAUGCUGAAAUAUGAAUGUGUGUACAGCAUGUCCUGUGAUCCUGUUGAGGAACAUGGACCUUCAGUGAGGCCAAAGAUACAACCGAUGGACACAAAACUUCAUUGCACUAAGCAGUGGAAACAUUACUAUCCAACAUUUGAUAUAAAGUUGCCAGAUGGUGUGAUGGAUGUGGGUUUACACCUCAAAAAGAAAAACCCCAAGAAAGGAAGGGUUGAUGUUGUAUGGAGCCGUGACAUAACACUGACAGACUAUACUGCAGAAAACAGGAGACCGAGUCUAUCCACUGAUGAGCAGUAUCACUUUGAAGACAUUAUUGUAGACGAACAGAUAGAUGAAAUCGGAGCAAUGACAACAAAUCAGAAAAAAAUGAGGAGAAUCUUUAAGAUCAUAGAAGGACAAGGACUUUCAUCGAAACGGAUGUUUUUUGAUUUGCUUUACCGGGAAGAACGAUGUCUUAUGGAUGAAAUGACAAAAGACAACAACUAACGCAUGUGAGAUGAACAACAGAGAAACUGAACAGGAAAAAUUUAUUAAUUUAUGUUCAAGCUCCUGCUAUAACAUUUGUCAAAGCAUGUGAUAUUGUCAUUGACCAGUGUAUGUGACAGUCUUUUCAAUUUUAGGGUUGUACUGCUUUACUGUGUGGCAAUGUUUAGAUAGAUUGUGAUGAUUAUGAUUCAAUGGGUUUGUCCUCCUUAUGAUCACCUCUAAGUUACUUGUAAAUAAUAGUGCUUCAGAAGUAGAAGUGAAAUCAUUUUCUGUAUAAAGAGGUGCUGUAGAUUAUCUUUAAAUGAUAAACAUUGUCAGUUCAUAAUGUAGGCUAUGUCAAGUCUGGAGUAAUAUGUAAACUGGUGAUUUUUUUUUUUAAUUGCAAUUUGAUUCUCAGUCCUUGUGCAUUAAUAUUUACAACUGAAAGAAACACGGUGAUCUGCCUGUUAUUUUGUGAGAUAUUGUGACACGUGGUUUUAAAAUGAAAGAACACAGUGUUUAAUUCAUAAAUGCAUAUGUUUGAUGACUGUCCCAUUGCACCAAAUAUUUUAGGGUCCUCAAGCCAAUAACUAAUAAACCAUUAACAUGUUUUUUUUUAUGACAAAUAUAGU